ACUCAAUGAAAUGAGCGGUCUCAGCCGUUCACCUGUAACCGCCUCAGAGGCGCAGCGACGGCGGUGGUCUCCGUCUCACUCAGUGGUUCACUGAAGGAGGUGAUAGAAAAGGGGCGACACAGCACUCACUCAGUCGGUCGGUCGGUCUGGAGUUGUCCCUCAUCCCCACUGUCGCACCACAGGUGCACUGACACUGAGUUGGAACUACAGCAGAAAAUGACCGAGUUCUGGUUAAUUUCGGCCCCCGUGGACAAAUGUAACCAGCAAAUAUGGGAGCGAAUGAGCACAGUCACUGAAAAAGCCAGUUUAUCCAACAAUUUUCAGUUCUCAAUCCCUGAUCUGAAGGUGGGGACGUUAGAUUCACUGGUCGGGCUCUCGGAUGAACUGGGAAAACUUGAUACGUUUGUUGAAGGCAUUGUAAAGAAACUGGCGCAGUACACCGCAGAUGUUAUGGAGGAUACCAAGGAUAAAGCUCAAGAAAAUCUAUUAGCUAAUGGAGUUGAUCUUCAAAGAUAUUUGACAUAUUUUCAGUGGGACAUGGCUAAAUACCCCAUAAAGCAGUCAUUACAUAAUAUAACGGAAGUUAUUACCAAGCAAAUUUCACAGAUUGAUGCUGAUUUAAAGUCUCGUUCAGUGACAUACAACAAUAUCAAAGGAAACCUUCAAAAUCUGGAGAGAAAAGCUGUGGGAAGUCUUUUGACUCGCACCUUAGCAGACAUUGUAAAUAAGGAUGAUUUUGUCUUAGAUUCAGAAUACCUCACAACUCUUCUGGCUUUUGUUCCCAAGUCAAAUUAUAAUAACUGGCAAAGGACAUACGAAUCCCUCUCUGUCAUGGUGGUUCCUCGAUCAACCAAAAUGAUCAUUGAAGAUGCAGAAGGAGCCCUCUUCACGGUGACUCUUUUCAAGAAAGCUGUGGAUGAGUUCAAAGUCAAAGCCAGAGAAAACAAAUUUAUAGUACGUGAAUUUUACUAUAGUGAGGAGAAACUGGAUGCUGAGAAGGAAGAAUUGACAAGAUUAAGUGCAGACAAGAAGCAACAGUAUGGUCCUUUGCUGCGUUGGCUGAAAGUUAAUUUCAGUGAAGCAUACAUUGCCUGGAUUCACAUAAAGGCUUUAAGAGUUUUUGUUGAGUCUGUCUUAAGAUAUGGGCUCCCUGUAAACUUCCAGGCUAUGCUGUUGCAGCCAAGCAAGAGAACCAUCAAACGACUGCGGGAUGUGCUCAAUGCACUCUUCAAACACUUGGAUGAAGUUGCUGCAGCAAGCACUGUUGAUGCCAACAUGGAUAUCCCUGGACUGAAUGUUAGCCAACAAGAUUACUAUGCUUAUGUCUACUUCAAGAUUGACAUCAACUUAUUUGAUUUUAAGUAAAGCUUGUCUUAAAAUAUUAAAGAAUCGCUGUCACUUUGUUACUUUCAUGCAAUGUUCGUAAUAUUAGAAAGUAAAUGGGACCUUGGGUCAUUCAGUGAAUUUUAGGAGCAAACUAAUAUUUUAAUGUUUUUUCUGAAUUUAUAUACUGUAUUUUAGAAAUAUGGUACUAGUUAAAAGCCUUUCUUAAAGAACCAUUUUUUAUUUAAAAAAUCUGUUGAUACCAGACUAAAAUAAUAAAACAUUUUAUUGGAUUACAAAUAAAGUAUUUCUCUUGUGCU